AUGAGGCAGUCGAGGUUCAAGAGGAUCUGCGUCUUCUGCGGCAGUAGCCAGGGCAAGAAGAGGAGCUACCAUGACGCCGCCAUUGAGCUCGGCAACGAGCUGGUGGCGAGGGGCGUGGACCUGGUGUACGGCGGGGGGAGCAUCGGGCUCAUGGGCAUGGUGUCCCAGGCGGUGCACGACGGCGGCAGGCACGUCAUAGGUGUCAUUCCCAAGACCCUCAUGACCCCAGAGGCUUGGGAGUUUGAAGCACUCCUGCCGGUGCUGCAGUCCCAGGGGACAUGGCACUUGGGUGUGCAAAAGAAAAGAAUACCCUCUACUACCACUCCUACCUGGAGGAGGAGCAGCUGUGAUCAAGAGAUAAGCGGUGAGACGGUGGGGGAGGUGAGGGCAGUGGCGGACAUGCAUCAGAGGAAGGCAGAGAUGGCAAGGCACUCUGACGCCUUCAUAGCCCUGCCUGGAGGAUAUGGUACGCUGGAGGAGCUACUCGAAGUGAUUACAUGGGCGCAGCUCGGCAUCCAUCACAAGCCGGUACGGGUUGGGCUGCUGAACGUGGACGGGUACUACAACUCGCUGCUGACCUUCAUCGACAAGGCCGUGGAGGAAGGGUUCAUCAACACCAGCGCGCGCCGCAUCAUCGUGCUCGCCCCCACGGCCGAGGAGCUCAUGGAGAAGCUCGAGAACUACGUGCCUUACCACGACAGGGUGGCGUCGAAGCUCAACUGGGACAUAGCGGCGGAGAUAGGGCACCUAGGGAUUGAUGAAGGGGUUUCCGUUGUUUGA